UUGCCUCGGUCACCGCGCCGCGCGGACAUGGCGCGAGUUCUGCGCCCGCCGAGCCGCACGGUGUGGCGGCUUCGUGUCGUUCACCAGUAGGAUGGCGCUGAAGACGCCCACGCCAGGCGUCGGCGAGCGCGAGACUUGGGGCAAGAAGGUCGAUUUCCUGCUCUCGGUCAUCGGGUUCGCCGUCGAUCUCGCCAACGUAUGGCGCUUCCCAUAUCUCUGCUACAAGAAUGGGGGAGGCGCUUUCCUGGUGCCGUACUGCAUCAUGUUGGUGGUGGGAGGGAUCCCACUGUUCUACAUGGAGCUGGCGUUGGGACAGUACCAUCGGAAGGGUGCCAUCACUUGCUGGGGCAGACUUGUACCGCUGUUCAAAGGGAUCGGAUACGCGGUGGUUUUGAUAGCUUUCUACGUGGAUUUCUACUACAACGUGAUCAUCGCUUGGGCUCUUCGUUUCUUCUUCGCUUCCUUCACCACCAUGUUGCCGUGGACCAGCUGCGACAAUGAAUGGAACACCCCCUCUUGCCGACCGUUUGAAGCUAUAUGGAAUACUACAGCUGUGAACAAAACUCGUACACGCAAUAACAUCUCCUCUGCGACCAUCGGACCUGCACAAACUACACCAUUUACUUCCGCUGCUUCCGAAUAUUUUAACCGUGCAAUAUUGGAACUUCAAGGGAGCGAAGGUCUGCACGACUUGGGGGCUAUAAAAUGGGACAUGGCCCUAUGUCUGCUCGCAGUCUACAUUAUCUGCUACUUCUCGCUCUGGAAAGGGAUCAGUACCUCUGGCAAAGUGGUGUGGUUUACAGCUCUGUUUCCCUACGCCGUUCUUCUGAUACUUUUCGUUCGUGGUAUUACUCUCCCGGGCUCCGCUAACGGCAUUCAGUAUUAUCUGAGUCCAAAUUUCGAGGCAAUAACGCAACCUCAGGUGUGGGUGGAUGCGGCGACACAAGUGUUCUUCUCACUGGGGCCCGGAUUUGGCGUGCUUCUUGCAUAUGCAUCGUAUAAUAAAUACCAUAACAACGUAUACAAAGAUGCGCUCCUCACCAGUGUGAUCAACUCGGGUACUUCGUUUGUGGCCGGCUUCGUAAUCUUUAGUGUACUCGGUUAUAUGGCGAAGGCUUCCGGAAGAGAUGUUCAAGACGUGGCGACUGAAGGCCCCGGAUUGGUAUUUGUGGUUUACCCGGCGGCUAUAGCAACCAUGCCCGGGUCUACCUUCUGGGCUUUGAUCUUCUUCAUGAUGUUAUUAACACUUGGACUUGAUAGUUCUUUCGGCGGUUCUGAAGCGAUAAUAACGGCAUUAAGCGACGAGUUUCCUCCGAUCGGUCGACACAGAGAGCUGUUUGUGGCGUGUCUGUUCACAUUGUACUUCUUCGUGGGACUCGCAUCCUGUACUAGAGGCGGCUUCUACUUCUUCCAACUUCUGGAUCGAUACGCCGCGGGUUACUCCAUCUUAGUGGCUGUGUUCUUCGAGGCUAUUGCUGUGUCUUGGAUUUAUGGUACAGAAAGGUUUUGCGAAGACAUUCGCGACAUGAUCGGCUUCCGUCCCGGACUGUACUGGCGGGUGUGCUGGCGGUUUGCGGCUCCACUCUUCUUGUUAUUCAUAACCGCGUACGGACUCCUCGACUAUGAACCUCUGCAGUACGAAGGGUAUGUGUACCCGGGCUGGGCGAACGCAUUGGGUUGGACCAUCGCUGGAUCCAGCGUUAUGUGUAUACCAACUGUCGCUCUGUACAAGAUUAUUACCACAAAAGGAACCUUCUUUGAGCGGCUGCGGAUCCUUACAACUCCGUACGCGGACACAGAGAACAAUGGCGCAGUCCACAACGGCGUGAUAGUGUCAGAAAGUGGUGGCGUACGGUUGGCAUCAGCAUGUCACACUCCCACUUCUCCCCAACCACCUUCUUCCACCACUCCAACUCUUACCACUCCCACCGGACCGCCACUCUCCUCUUCCGCCGCGCUCGUCUGAGCACAACUCUCCUUCGACGUCUACUAUGUCUAGAACCAUCUAGAAUGGCAACACUCCCAAGUGGAAAUGUCACGUUGAUUUUAUUGUAGAAACAUAAGUUUCUUAGUAUCGUAGAAAGGCAAGAAUUUACUCUUGUACGUAAAUGUAUUUUUAAGUUAAUUUGUGCUAAUCUUGAAUUUAAGUUAAGGCUUUGUUAUUUAUUUUAAUAAUAUUAAUAAACCGUCUAUACCUAUAUAUAAUAUGUUU